AACGAAAAGUUUGCUUAACUUUUGACUCAACGAUGUUUAACAAGAUAUUAUUGUUCAUAAUUUUUUUCAAUUUAAAUCUGGUGAUAUCGUUUCCAAGGGAAGCUCUAUUAGAUGCCAUGAAUGAAGAUGAACUCAUGUAUUAUUUUCAAACCAGUGAUAGAGCAGGGAUACCGGAGUAUGAGAUUGUUGAGUUACCAGUAGUACUAUCUGUAGAAGCUGUUGAUGUGUAUGAUGGCUACGAUGAAGAAAUCGAUUAUAGUUUUUUGGCUUUUGAAAGGCCAAUCAACCUGAAGCUUAAAAGAAAUGCAGACAUACUGGGUCAUAACUUCACAACUUAUGUCCAUGAUGAAGAUGGCAUUUCUGUAUUCAACCAUGUUCCCAGAAGUUGUCAUUACUUGCACGAGGAUGGUAUUACUGUGGCAUCAAUGAGUAUUUGUUCUUCAAAAAAUGUUCAAGGUUUAAUAUUUUUGGAAAACACUACUCUAGAAGUCCAGCCACUAACAGACCGAUUACAAUCAGUGCUUAAUACCAAAGAACCUCUUAUGGAAGCUCUUCUACAAGACGAAUCGCUAACAAUUCCCCAUUUAGUAAAACGAGCUAGUUUUUUUCCGGGUUUCCCACAUACCGAGGAAGACUAUUUUCCCAUUGCAGCAAAUGUUUGGUCGGAAAAUGACCAUAUACGAACAAAUAACAUAUUCGAUGCUGAAAAUGGUUAUAACUUUGGGGACAAUAUUUUUCGACCGUAUUCCGAAGCUGCUUCUUCUAAAAUACCGACGCUAACAUUAGAAUUAGCGAUGUUUUUCGACGAGGCAGCUUACAAAAUAUUUGCUCCUUAUUUUAGUUAUGAUGAUAAGAAGUUGCAGGAUAUGUUGCUGGCUUACAUGAAUGCGGUUCAAGCAUUGUACCAUCAUCCUAGUUUAGGUACGUCUUUGGAGUUAGUUUUAACGAGAAUGGAUAUUAUGAAACGACAACCAGCAGAUAUGCAACACUAUAGUGGUGAGCGUAACAAACUUCUAGACAGUUUUUGCUCUUAUCAGGAGAAAAUAAAUCCAAAAGGUGACGAUAAUCCAGCACAUUGGGAUAUGGGUUUAUAUGUUUCAGGGUUAGAUUUUUUUGCAUAUGACAACGGCAGAAAAAGUGGAGUAACAAUGGGAUUGGCUACUGUAGGAGGAGUGUGUUUGGAUCGUUAUGCUUGCGUAAUAGCAGAAUUUGGAACCACAAAUGUUUUUGGCAAACCAUAUCCUAGCGCUGGAUUCACCAGUGUCUAUGUACUUGCCCAUGAAAUUGGACACAAUUUAGGUAUGCAUCACGAUAGUAUCGACAACAGCUGUCCCAAGGAAGGUUACAUUAUGUCUCCAUCCAGGGGAACCAACGGUGAAACCCAAUGGUCAAGAUGCAGUGCAGAUGUUAUGAAGAAAUUAAGUAGCUGGGCGAAAUGUUUAGAAGACACAUCCAAACCUAACAAAAAUCUCGAUCAUAACAAAUUUCUGCGGACACCUGGACAAAAAUUUACUGCCAAAAAACAGUGUGAGAUACUUCUUCGUGAUAAGGAUGCUACAGUACUGCCCAGUCAAGGCCUUUCUGACAUCUGUUACAAUUUACACUGUAAAACACCUCAUCGAAGUGGACAUUAUUUUGCUGGACCUGCUCUUGAAGGCACUCAAUGUGGUUAUGGGCAGUACUGCUAUGGGGGCACCUGUGUCAAAAAAGCUCUUCCCAAACCAGUCAAAGUUGUACCGGGAGGAUGGGGUCCAUGGAAAGAAGGUGUUUGCAGUUCAGGUUGUAUAGAGAAAUCAAAAGGGAAUACUUCAAAAAGAAGACUUUGCAAUAAUCCUGCUCCACUCAAUACUGAUGAAGGCUGUGAAGGGUCCAGCGUGCAGUUUGGACUUUGCAACGAUAGUAAGGUAUGCAAAGGAAAAAUAUCUGCAGUAAAGUAUGCAUCACAAAAAUGUACAGAAUUCUCAAAGCUUUUGCCUGAACUGGAAUCUGUGGGUACUGGGCUUCAAUCACCACACGAAGAAGGUCGUUUAUGGAUGGGAUGUGCUAUAUUUUGUAAAAGAGCCGAUUCUGGAAUAUUCUACACUCCCAGGAUAGAACUGAACGAUCUGGGAAUUUCACCUUAUUUUCCUGAUGGAACAUGGUGCCAUUCAGUCGGAAAUAGAAAUUUCUAUUGUUUGCAACACCACUGUUUACCGGAGAAUUUUCAAAUCAGAACAUUAACAAAUCAUCUAGAAGACCUAUCUUUUCUUCAGAACGCUAGACCUCAUGCUCAUGUCUCCCAAGAUAUCAAAGACUACUUAUCUGUAGAUUCGUACGGACGUCCGAUAAAGACAACAUUAUCCGAAGGUGACGACAUACCUCCACCAGAUGAAGAAUGGGAGUCCCAUGAUUAUAUUGAAAUUCCAGGACUGAGGGAAAAAUAUUAUAAUGAAAAUGCGAACAAAAUAUAGUAGCUGAAUUGUGAUCAAUUAUUAUUUAAUCCUUUUAAUAUACCUUUUAAAAUGUU